AGGCUCCAUCUUGGGGUACUGAAGUGCGAGAGCGAGAGAGAGAGAGAAAGUAGAAGCGAACGUGUGUUUAUUUUGGAACUACUGUUCUGCUUUUUUGCGAUUAUUCCCUACUCUCGGUACACUUUUAAGAUACAGUUUCCAGGGGGAAACUUCUGACGCUUUGCUUGGCAGGAUAUAAGCCGCAGAUCGCUGAAGCCGGGUGGGUAAGGCCCCCGCUUACGACUUGUCUGUAAAGAGGUCUUGAGCGGUUGUGUUGGCUGUACACUGAAAAAAAGCAUUGGAAGUGACGGUGUCGCGGCGAUGGACGUAGAGGAAGAGGAGUUCUUUUCCGGUAACCAGUCAGAUGAUGGAGGCGCAACCCCAGUCCAAGACGAACACGAGUCAGGGUCCGAAGCAGAGAUGGAGACUUCACGGCGGCAGUCUGGAUCGGAGACUGGAAGUGCUGGUCGACAUUCCGAGGAUGAGCAAAGUGAAGAAGGAGCUCCUGCACGUGACGUCCAGAGACAUGGUAUAGCCAGCGAUUCAGAAAAUGAAGAUCCUCCCAGAGCAGCAGAAAGUGACUCAGAAAAUGAGGACAUUCCUAGUCGUAGAGACAGUGGCUCUGAAAAAGAGGAUGCUCAUAAACAUAGGGAUAGUGACUCUGAAAUUGAGGAUUCUCCCAAACGAAAGCAUGAUGACUCUGAAAAUGAAAUCUCAAAACAAAUUGAUAGUGAUUCUGAGGAUGAGAAGGCUCCUAAGCAUAUAGCUAGUGACUCUGAGGAUGAAGCUGCUGAGAAACAUCGACCCAGUGACUCGGAGGAUGAGGAUACACAGAAGCGAAGGGCCAGUGACUCAGAGGAUGAGGAUGCACAAAAUGCACAAAAGCGAAGGGCCAGUGACUCGGAGGACGAGGAUGCACCAAAGCGAAGGGCCAGUGACUCGGAGGACGAGGAUGCACCAAAGCAAAGAGCCAGUGACUCGGAGGACGAGGCUGCGCCAAAGCGAAGAGCCAGUGACUCAGAGGACGAGGAUGUGUCAAAACGAAGGGCCAGUGACUCUGAAGAUGAAAUUGCACCGGUGCGAAGAGUUAGCGACUCUGAGGAUGAAGAUGUGCAAAAGGGUAUGGCUAGAGACUCUGAUGGAGAGAAUGCUCCUAAGCACAAGGUCCAUGAUUCAGAGAGCAAAGCUGCUGCAAAACGUAGAAUCAGUGAUUCUGAGGAUGAAGGUUCACCAGAACGUAGGGGCAGUAGUCACAAGGAUGUCCCAAAAUACAGGGCCAGUGACUCUGAGGAUGAAGACACUCCAAAACAUUCAGUCAGGAACACUGAGCACAACGAUGAUGAUGUUGAUUCUGAAAAUGAACUUGUGCCUAAGCAAAAGCGUCGCAUAAAAUCUGAUGAUGAUGCAGACAGUGAUAAAGAAAAUGAAAGUAAACGAAAACGGCAAAAGCGUUCUGAAAGUGAGGAUGAGGAGGACAUACCAACCAACAAGCUUGCAGCAGGUGAUGACAGUGAUAAAGAGCAAGAUCAAGUUCAACAACGCCGCUCAGUGGCUGAUAGUGAUGAAGAUGGAGAUCAAGAAGAAGAAAAACCAGCUAAGAGAAAGAAAGCAAUUUUGUCAGACAGUGAAGACGAUGAAGCAAAAGAAGAAUCUCCUGUUAAGAGGAGCCGCAUUCUUUCAGAUGCAGAUGAUUCAGAUAGUGAUGCACACUCUGACACAUCUAAGAAAGCUGCCAAUAAGAAAUCCAAAGUCUUUGGUUCCAACAGUAGUGAUGAUGAUGAUGAGGAAGAGGAAAAAGAGAACUCUGGAAAAAAAGAUGGAAAAGCAUUGUUUGGCAGUGAUAGUGAAGCAGACGAUGAAGAGGAGAAAAUGAUUGCAGACAUCUUUGGAGAAUCUGGUGAUGAAGAGGAGGAAGAGUUUACUGGGUUUAACCAGGAAGACUUGGAGGGAGCAAAGAAUCAGGAAGAGGCAGCAGUAAAAAAAGCUGCAGCAGCAGCAGAGUCCGAUUCAGAUGAUGAAGUUGAUCGAGGAGGCAAAGACACCAGUUUCAUGUCAGAUUUUGACAUAAUGUUAGCAAGAAAAAAAGCAGCAAGUGGAAAGCGUCGGCGCAAUCGAGAUGGGGGGACAUUCAUCAGUGAUGCAGAUGAUGUGGUCAGUGCUAUGAUCACCAAAAUGACAGAAGCAGCAGAGGAGGAUAGGACGUUAAAUAGUCAGAAAAAGCCUGCAUUGAAGAAGCUGACUCUGUUACCAACUGUUGUCAUGCACCUAAAAAAGCAAGACUUAAAGGAGACCUUUAUUGACAGUGGGGUCAUGACUGCCAUUAAAGAGUGGAUUAGUCCACUCCCAGACAAAAGUUUGCCUGCUUUGAAGAUCAGAGAGGAACUACUCAAGAUUCUGCAAGAGUUGCCCACCGUUAGCCAGGAAACCUUAAAACACAGUGGAAUUGGUCGUGCUGUCAUGUGUCUGUACAAGCAUCCAAAAGAAACACGUGCUAACAAGAACCUUGCAGGAAAGCUUAUUAAUGAAUGGUCACGACCGAUCUUUGGAUUGUCAUCUAAUUACAAGGGUAUGACGAGAGAAGAAAGGCAACAGAGGGAUUUGGACCAGCAGGUUGCACCUCGCCAGCGACUUAGUUCUGGAGGUCAAACGCCCCGUCGAGAUUUGGAGAAGGUGCUGACAGGAGAAGAGAAGGCACUGCGACCUGGAGACCCUGGAUUUUGUGCACGGGCACGAGUGCCCAUGCCCUCCAACAAAGACUAUGUUGUACGGCCUAAAUGGAAUGUAGAUGGAGAAACUAACAGAGCACCAACCAAGAAGGGUUUAUCCCGGGUUGACAAACAAAUGCGCCGAUUUGCUGACAUCAAGAGGCUGACCAAGCCUGCACAUGCUGUGAAGAUCAGUGUAGAGGGAAACCGGAUGCCUUUGUGAUUUUUGUUCUCAGGCCAACACUCCACCUCAGAUUCAGCCACAACCCUCCUUCCCUCCCUCCCUCUCCCUCCCUCUCCCUGUCCCCUUCCUACACAAAUUUUUAUUAAUUGUUAUGUUUUUUGUCAUCUCUAUUGUUUAGUCCCAUGGCUCAGCCCUGGUGGUAAGGGGUUAUCUACAUAAGUGUCUGGGUAUCUUAAAGACUGUAAUAACUUAAGAGGGCUCUAUGUUUCCUUCAAUUUCUGAUGCAGGCUUAUAGGGUUUUCUCAGUGGGAAAGAACACAUUUCAUCAGCAGUGUGCUUAAAAUGGAGUUUCUUGUACAGAAAGAGAGCCACAGUUUUAUUUCUCUGUAAUGUUAUUGCAAUUGUUUAUGAAUAAAAUGUCAUAACGUUAUUGAUUUUUCUACUUCAGCCUUUCAGAGUCUGUUGUUCUGGUAAAUUACAAUUGUUUAGUACAGGGUCUUGGCUUAUCCUCCAGGUUUUUGUAAGACACGAAUGCUUUCUUUGAUUUUUUUUUUAUUGAAUCUGUAACUGUAAAUAAUUUAUUAAUAAAACUAAAUUGAAUUGCACUCUAAACACAUUUUAGCUUAUAUAGAGGAUAGCCAUAAUUAAUAAAAAUAACCCAAUUGACUUUACAGUAUUUAUGAAAGUAAACAAUGUUAAUAUUAUUACCUACAAUAAUUUUAUGUCUGUGGUGGGCAAGUGCCCUGCCCGGUGUUUGUUUGAUGCCUUGUGCCCUGUGUUGGCUGGGAUUGGCUCCAGCAGACCCCCGUGACCCUGUAGUUAGGAUAUAGCGGGUUGGAUAAUGGAUGGAUGGGUAAUCUUAUGUAAUGCAAAUUUUUUUUGGUACUUGUAUUAUUUAUCCCCUCAGGAGUUUUGAAAAAUCCCAAAAUGUCAACUUGCCAGUCUGAAAUGAUUAUCAUUAAAA